CGUACAGUCUUGCUCAAUUUAUCAUGUAACUUGGUGCUUGUGCUUGUCAUUUGAUUAUUUCAUAAUGAAAAAUGAGUCUAAGGUGUAAAGCUGCCGUGUAGUCACUAGUUUUAUCUUGUUUCGAAUUUUUAAACUUUUAUGAAAAAUUUAUGCAGUUCAAGUGAAGCAAGAAUCUGUCGUCGCAAAACUUGGAUCAUACCUUAAGGAAAAAAAUUUUGCAUUCGAAAUUGUGAACUGUUUUCAGGGUAGCAUUAUUCCGCACGUAUUUAAAAACUUGCUCUAUCAGUGGUGUUGGUGAACGGAUAAAGAAAAAGGUCUCGGAAGGGGCUGGCUCGCAGCAAACUGGUGGCUGUGGUUAAUGAGUUGUGCAAGCAAGUAAAUGAAAUCAGGAAAAAAAAAAUCGCAAAAAGAAAAGGCUAAUGUUGAAAAAUUAAGUAUAAAUUAGAGCAGGUGUUUUUAAAAAUGAGUGAAAUUUGAAUUCAUCAAAUCUAUGUAAAAUUUGUGGUACAAGUAAUUAUAAGCUAUUGCAAAAAUAGUGUAGGUAUAUAAUCAACGAAAGUGUAUUAUUUUGAAGGUGUUAUGCGAUUGAAUGAAAUUCUUAUUACCUGUUUGUGUUGAGAGAAAUCAUAAGCUACUGUUACUGAAGUAAUUGGAAAGUUAUGUCCAGCAAAAGAAGAAAAAUAGUAUUUGCUCGCAUUUGUUAAAAAAAUCAGCAAUUGGGGCGUGGAAAACAAUAUGCUCGAGCAAUACAAUAUAAAGGUGCAGUCAAUGAUUCUGCGAUAAAAAGCUUUUGCCUUUCGUUGCUUAAAUGGCAGCACCGAAUACCGAUGUUAUGCAUGGUAGUAUACCUGCUUCCAUUCCACAUAAUUCAGCGAUCCAGCAGAUUCACCAGCUGUCAUCGAAUCUGAUUGACCAGCAGCAGCACUCGAUACCAAAUCACCACAUUCAACAGCUGCAAAAUCUUACACAACAAUCACCAGCGAUUUCUGUACACCACCCUCACUCUCAAUAUUCCCAUAAUGCCAUACAUCAUUAUCAUCGAAUGCAACAGUCUACAGGCCAGCAUAUAUCGUCUUCACUACACCAGCCCGAUCAGAUACUUCAUCAGCAGCACCAGGUUUCUCCGUAUAGUGGAAAUAUUAAUAACUUGAUGUUUGCUUCCACUGAAAAUGCUUCCGCGGCAAGUGGUGAAACCGAUUCUGCCGGCAGUUCAGCUGCAACGGCAACUGCCGGUGACAUAAAUAAUGUGGUUGUAAAUUUAGCCAGUGUAAGCCAGCCAUCCUCUGUGGCAAGCGCUAAUAGCAACCGAAUCGCGAGCCGGAUAAACUCUACUGUUGGUCAUAGUCACAUUCCGGAGGAAAAUGUACAGAAUUGUAAUUUAGAUUUUGCGGCUGGUAGUGGUAAUAUAAUCAACUUGGCGCAAUUCAACGUUGCACCUGGUUGGCGGAGAAUAAAGUACAACAGUGAGAUAAUCUAUAUCAGCCCUUCCGGAGUUCCGCUGCGAAACUUUAAUCAGGUUAAAGACUAUUUGCUAACUGGCGGUACUUGCAAAUGUGGCUUGCCAUGUCCUUUCCGUCCGGAAGUAAUUUUCGAAUUUAACACUCAGGUUCCCAAUUCGUCACUGGAUGGAAAUAGUAACGUUGCUCACAAUUUUUGCUUGCAUCAUUCUCGGUAUAUGGAGCAGAUAGCAUUAGUUCGAUAUGAGAAAAAAAUGAUUGACAAAGAAAACGUUACAAAAUCAGCAGUCAAUCUUGGAGUCCCUUCGAUACCCGGUGAGACGGAGCAUAUUUUUUCUAGUAACAUUCAAUCUGGGCAAAAAUUUGUGGGAUCAGAUUCCUCAGAUACGAUAAAUGAUGAAAUAAUGAUAUCAUCUCAAAGCAAACAGCAUGAGAGAGACAUUAAAAGUAUACCGCUAUCGAAAACACCCCCUUGGCGAAAACAUCCCUCUGCAAUAUCUUCUUCUUCAACAAUCCCGUUGUUAUCAAGUCAACACGAGGUGCAGUGUUCGUCUAAUCUAGUACCAGCUAAAACUUCCGUACAAAACGUAAGUCAAAAUGAGCAGUUAGUCAAAAAUAUUAGAGUAUCGAAUGGGAAUCCAAAUUCAAGUACUUUAUGUACACCGUUCGAUACUGAUAAGUUGAAAUCGCCUAACAAAAAGCGGCCAAAUUUCAAGGACGAUCCUACAGGUUAUUUGAACCAACAAACCGCUAUCUUGCAUAGUUCAAUUUCUACUUUACACAGCCCAGACGGAUCAUCGUCCUCCCAAGAGAGCCCGCAACUCAAAUCCGUUGGGAGGUCUUUUAGUAAUGAAACCAGUGAAUCCAUCGAAUCCACGGACCAAAAUUGUACUGUAAUGACUGCGAUUUCCGGUCAAACUGUGACUCACAUGGCGAACGGCAUAAUCCAGGUACAGCAAAACUGUGAUAUUAGUCAUAUGAAACUUCAGCAGCAGUUGCAAUUUCAACACCAAUUGCAGCGGCAAAAUCAACUUGUGCGCCAACACAACGAACAGUUACAAUUUUUUCAACAACAUCAGCAAAUUACAGGAGAGAAAGAUUCGAUUCAAGGCUCCGUUCGAUUCGUGACUGUUGCUGAAAUAUCACCAAUUCAGCCAAGUAGUGCGAAGUUCACUACAAGUCGAACACCGGAUGUUACGUCUACAUCUCCUAGUACUCCUGAUUUAAAAGAUGGACCCAAUUGUAGCCCAUUGCUCCAAAUAAAUUCUUCUGGCAUACGGUCAGCAUCUCCUGAAGUUUAUUCUGCGAAGAAUCUCGUUCCCAUUUCUUCAUUUAGUAGCAGUUCCCAUAAAAGUCAGGCCUCCCGAGGUACAAGUGUUGCUCUAGCAUCUAUUUCAUCGGCACCACGUAACACUAUUACAUCAGUGCAGGCCAGCAGUAGACCGGUAACGGUUACUAGUACCCAUCCAGGUAAAGUUGGUAAGAGUGUAGUUAGAGAGCACGAAUAUGACUCACCAUCCGUUAGCCUUGGAUCAAGAUAUGUAAAACCAGAGAAAGUCUCGUUACAAAAUACCGCUACUGGAAUAGUAACACAAAAUCUACUCAAUUUUAAUAAUCAGCAAACUUCACAAACAAUUAGUCAGCCUCAACAGGUGUUGAUGACUUCCAGUGGACAAAUCCUUGUGAUGUCUUCAAAUUCUAAUAAAUAUUCCAAUCAGAUUGUUGCAGGCAACAAUUUGAACAAUAACAGUGUUAGUUCAGCACUAGCACAAAAUGUGUUGAUUCCGCAGCAAACAAUAGUGACGGGUGGAAAUGGCACUCAAUACUUGAGUAUGGCUGGAGCUCCGACCGGUACUACUGCUCCCGGCAGUAGUACUUUAAACGAAGUCACGGGCAAUCAGUUUGUUACUAACAAUAAUGGACAUUCCCAAAAUCUCGGGCAACAACAAGCGAACAUCAUUCAUCAUACCCAAUCUAAUGCCAAUCCUAGUUUUUUGAUCAACUCCCCAAGUAACAUACAAUCGACUGUGAUAUUGAAUAAUGGAAAUUUAAUACAAUCUAGCGGAGGACAGCCAUUGCUGACUUCAAACAAUCCGCAAGUAAUCCAUAAUCCUGCGGCAUCCGGAACCAAUAUUGGAUCUAAAGUAAUUCAAGGUGGAGCGAAUUCUGGUAUUAUUUCCAAUCAAUCCAGCGUUAGUCAGUUAAUUUCGCCUAACAGCCAGCCAGGUGGAACCGCUGGUGUUUCCCCACAACAGGUUGUAUUGAAUAGCUUACCUCCGAACAGUAUAGUUAUUCAACAACCGAAUUAUACUUCUAUCACUGGUGACACAAUAGUCAAUCAAGAUGGCUCUACAACAUCUUACAUACAAAAUCAACAGCGGCAGGUACUUAUUUCUCCGGAUUCUAAACGAAGACCAAAAAAACCAAAAAGCAACGGAUCAUCUAGCACUGGUCAAAUAAUUUCGCAAAACAAUAUUUUGUACCAACCACAGACAGGUCAUGUAAUUCUAUCUCAACAACAACACCAACAGCCACAGCAACCACAGCAACAAUCGCACGCUAUCCAACCAGUCAACCAAUGCGGAACUAUGUUGCAACUAGCUCCGCAAUAUCAAACUCAGGGUUACCAGUUGAAUCCUGGAAUAUCUGGUCUAACAAUUGUUCCACAAAAAACUGCGCAACAAACGCCACAGCAACAGCAACAAAUUCUUUUGCAAAAUGGUCAAAUUAUUACGCAACCUUACAACAUAAUUAGUCAGCAGGUUCUGCUUCCUACUGGGUUUGUUAUGGCCCCAGAUACCACCCUGGUUCAAAUUCAAAACGUAGCAUCACCCUGUGGUGGUAUAAUAACGACUCCACAAGGUAUGCUCAUACGAGCUCAAAGUCCUCAUCAACAAAAAAGUUUCUUGUCACCUAGUACUAGCCAGCAGUAUAUCAUGAACAACAAUGGACAAGUGAGUCCUAUGGGACCGCACCUGUAUGGGGGAUCAGUAAACAUUAUGGUACCUCAGCAGCAGCAGGCUGGACCUGCAACUUCCUUCGUUCAACAGAAUGCAUCUCUCGUCCAACAACCGUCACAACACAUUGUACAACAACAGUCAAUACAGAUGACGGCAAAUCUGAAUACGAGUACCGAUAGCAAUAGUACAGCAAGUAGUACACAUGAAGGCUCGUCUUUGCCACCAACACCGCAACCACAAGCAAUGACUCAGAAGAAUCAUUCCGUUUAUCUUUCUGGAACAGCUUCACCACCCGAUACGACUACGCACAGCCCAAAUAGCCCUGAUUGUGCAUCAAGUGAGAAGAGCGUAGGAAGCGCAGAUAAUGGCAACGUGGCUAUGGUACAAUGUGUAUCUAGUUCUGAACCUGAUAUUAUUACUGAAGGAACGCAUUCGCCAACGGAUAUAAUUGAAUACAUUGAGCAAGAAAGUAUCUCACCAUAUCGACGUACCGUUUACAAGUCUACAAAAACCAGACGUAUGCAAUUGCAACCUCAGUCAACUCAGAUUGGUGCCGUAGGUGAUAGUAGCGACAACGGAAACGAUGCGAGUUCUAGUAACCCUAGUAAAACUAUAUCUUAUCCAAAUCAAAUUGCGCUACAGUGUCAACAAUCGAGUCGCCAUCACAACAUUAGUCAGCAACGGCUUUUGUCUCAUGGGGCCAUAACAACUCGUAGCAUUCAACCCGAUUCGCAUGAAUCCACGACGAAAAUUGCGGUGCACGAAAGUGCAGCCGGUACAAGCCAUAGAACGGUAACAUCUCCCAUCGUCCAGAGUGGUAACGGACCAUCUUCUUCGUCAAAAACAUUUAACAUCGGUGAGUUAGUCUGGGGAGCUGUUCGGUGCUUUCCUGCAUGGCCUGGAAAAAUUAUUGAGCCACCACCAGGAGAUGGACAAACUACUAAGGUCCCUGUUGAUAGUGUCUGGGUUCGUUGGUUUGGCGGUCGCCCACUUGCAGAGCUAGUCGUUGUUAAUGGAUUGAAAAGCUUAUCAGAUGGCCUUGAGGCUCAUCAUCGAGCUCAGAAGGAUGCUAGAAAGGGACGAAAAUUGAAUCCUCAACUAGAACGUGCUAUCCAAGAAGCAAUGAUGGAGCUGGACCGAGUAACCGCAACACCUUGUCCAACAAUAUUUGCGGAUAGCGCAACUGCAGAGGAUUCAGUCCAAUCCAAAAGUGACACUGCACGAGCUUCGCCUACAAGUAGUAAUGUUAUUAUAACUCCUGGAGGAAGUACUUCAAUGUCAUCAUGCAGUAACAGAACUGUUAGAACAAAUCGGGGCCCAAAAGUAAGGCUUGUAAAAAUUGCACCGGCACCGCCUACAACUAUUGAAAUAAGUUCAACGUCAACGAACGUUACUAUCACAAAUAACUCUUCAGUGAGUCGUAAUAAAAUGAAAUGAACUUAUUAUACUAUAUACAGUUUAAAGCAGAAUGAUGCUAAUGCGAUUUUAGGCAAGUAAAAGUUCUAGCGAAAUUUUUUUUGAAUUCAGUCUCAUCUAUUUGUUGCAGAAAGUAUAGAGUUAUCGUAACAAUCAAGCAGAAUCCUUAAUGGCCGACGAAAAAAAUUUAAAAUACACCCAAACGUGAUUUUACACAACAAAACAAACAUCCGACUGACAAUAAACCAGAAUAAGUGAAGAUUAUUCUUCUCAAAAAUUUUUUAUAUUAUAGGGUAUUUAAAUUGGAUUCUGCCAUUUUACAACUACUUAUUAUGUGGAUGUUUUAAAGGAUAUAUUAACACGCAUCAGUAAUACAUCACGAUAAGUACUCAUCUAUAGUGGAAUGUUGAACUAUAACAGGGAUACAAUCCCAUGCAUGGUUGCUAUAAUAAAUUUAGGGAUUGACAGAAUAAACUAAAAAUUACAACAUGUGCCGCGAGUCUGCAUCUAAGGCAUAUUUUCGAUAAAAAAACGCGUAUGCACGCAAAGUAUUUUGUACAUACAAAGCUGUUAAUAGUAUCAUUUUUCCUGGUUGAUGAUUUUCGAACUCGUCGUUUUCCAACAAUUCCAAUAUAAUAUAUCAAUGGCCAUUCAUUACCCAUUGAUCUAUAACACAACUUCACGGCUUUGUAUCAGAGUGGGGCGUCGUUAUAUGAAAAAAAAUCACAGGAAAGUUGUAUGCAAAGCCACGACCGCUAGGUUGAAGUAGAAUACUUUUACAAGAAAGAUAACCCGGCUGCUUGCGUGUCAGUCAGUUUUUCUAGUAAAUAAACGUUGACCGUUCAUUGGCAGUAUUGUAAUUUCUUUUUGUUUGAUAUUUUGAAUGAAGUUCAUUGAAUAUUUUUAAAUUUUGUGCAAAUGAAAAGUGAAGUGCUGCCGAAUUGUAAUAUGCACAUUUAAUACGACAUCAUUAAACGGGAACGGAACAAAGGCUACGGUUAUGCAGAACGCGAAUGACGGCGCGAUGCGAUUCGCCUUACCGUGAUGAAAUGUACAGCUUUUCUUAAGGCGAAGUAGAGCUAUAUAUUUCAACACAUUUCGUCUCGCCGAAUCGCAUCGCUCCGUUAUUUGCGUUCUGCAUAACCGUAGCCAAACACUAAGCGACGCAAACACGUAAUAAUAGUCCGAGUAUGCAUGUAAAUGAAGAUAAUAAACUUUUAGCUCAAAACGAGAAAAUAUUAACUCUUCAAAUAUUCAUUUGUGUUCUUAAAAUUUUAGUUGUUCAAUUUAAUAUCAAAUGAAAUGUCUGUUUAUUAUCUGAUGAAGCUCUUAUAUAGGCCAAAUGAUGCAUUCCCAAUUUACUAGGCCCAUAACUAUGCCGACCGUGCUUGAGAAAGCAAUCGUGUAACGACCAAUCUGAGGUCGAAUUUUGUUUUUUGACAAGGCUUAAGAAUAUUCAAUAGUACAAUAGUUCGAAUAAUAAAAUUGUAAUUUCAUGCAUUUGGUAGGAACCUUAGAAGAUUUUCUAAUCAAUUGCUGCAAGAACGAAGGAAAUCCAUCGAAAACUAACCGAUUUAUUAGAAUUUGAAAUUGGACAUAUUUCUUACUUUUUUCAGUUUUAGAUUUUAAUUUCACAUCCCUAUGUAGCCGAACUUUCUGAGAGAAGUAUUCUACUUCAAAAUGAAACUUGAUAGCAGAGCAAUUCCACAAAAACCGGGCAACCAAUUUAAUCGACCAUUUUUGAUUUGCCUGAAACUUUGCAUAGACAAAACAUGCCAUUUUGUGCUAUUGGCUUUAUUUUUAUGGAACACGACUCAUUUUUGAGGAGCUAUUGAAAAAUGCGAUUUUAGGAUGGUAUUGAUGAUUACAAAUAUUUCUAGGUCCAAAACGGUUUGUUCGAUCGGUGUGACGUCUUGGACAAAGUUGUAGAUAAUAAUUUUGUCUUUCCGAAAAAAAUAUACACUCUAAGAUUUUUUUUUUGAAAAAAAGUUAAAAGAAAAAUUAAAAAUCAAUUAUCUACAAAAGCUAAUUUUUUUAAAUCUAGGUUUAUUUUUAUAAAAACUACAAAAGAUAACCUAAACAAUGCAACUGGUCCGAUCAUGGAGAAAUCACGAAAAAAUCAUAACUUUUUGUUCCUUGAUGUCUCCAUGGUCGGACCGGUUGCAUUGUUUAGGUAAUCUUUUGUAGUUUUUAGCUUUUUUAGUUAAAAAAUUAUUAAUUUUCUUUUUAACGUUUUUUUCCAAAAAUUAUUAAAUUUAUUUAGAGUGAAUAUUUUUUUUGGAAAGACAAAUCUACAACCUUGCCGAAGACGUCACACCGAUCAAACAACCCGUUUCGGCCCUAAAAAUAUUUGUAAUUAUCAACACCUUCCAUAAAUAGGAUUUUUCAAUAGCUUCUCAAAAUGAGUCGUGUUGCAAAAAAUUAAACCAAUAGCACAACAUGCCAUCUAUAGAAACGUCUAUGCAAAGUUUCAGCCAAAUCAAAAAUGACAAUUUAAAAAAAAUUAAAACUGGGAUAUAUUUUGUGGAAAUGCUCAGCACAAGCCAGAACCAAGUGUCCAGCAAUCCUAAAUUUAUCGGAAGUCGAUUAGUUUUGUCCGCUUGGCGCAUUACUAUUCAAAUCAUACCAAAAAACUGGUUGUGGGAAAUUGAUCAUCAAUGCAUUAACCCGUAAAGACCCGGGACGAAACUUGUUUUUUUGAAAAUGCUCGUUCUCAGCACUGGAACGGCCGAUUUGGGAAAACUUGGAGUUUUAUUCAAGGGGAAUAGUUGCUCUAAGUUUUGGUUAAGGUGCCAGCCCUCUGGACCCCUCCCCGUUUUUGUGAGACGCAAAUUUGUCUCUGUUUUUUUCUUAUUUUUCAAACAGAUUAAGCAAACACUGGGAAUUAUCAUACGUAUCAAUUGCUCCAUGUAUCAAAUCAUGUCAGGUAGAUGAAAUAUGGUAUGUAAGAGUGAAUUUUGGAGUUUCUAAAUUAUUUCAGUACAAAAUCACAAAACUACGUAAUUUUAUAAAAAUUCAAAUAACAAAACCGUUCUUCAAAUUUUAAGCUCUACAUUUUUGAGGUAAGGUCUCCUGAAUUCAUACGCGAUGAAAUAUUUAUUUUAGCAUGCAAACAUUUUGAGACAAACGAGUUUAAAUUCACUAAAGUACGUAUUUUCAUGGAAACCUGAUUUUCUCAGUCUCCCACGGUAGUUUUCAACUUAGCUCUCCAAUUUUCAAGCUCUAUAUUGCUAGAGUAACGUCUUGUGAAUCCAAAGAUGCUGAAAGAUUUAUUCUAGCACGCACAGUUUUAGAGAAAAACGAGUUUGAAUUCACUAAAGUACGGGUUUUUAUGAAAACUUGAUUUUCUCCAAAUCUGUGCAUGCUAGAAUAAAUCUUUCACCAGCUUUGGAUUUAGAAGACGUUACUCUAUAAAUAUAGAGCUUGAAAAUUGGAGAGCUAAGUUGAAAACUACCGUGGGAGACUGAGAAAAUCAGGUUUCCAUAAAAAUACGUACUUUGGUGAAUUUAAACUCGUUUUUCUCAAAAUGUUUGCAUGCUAAAAUAAAUAUUUCAUCGCGUAUGGAUUCAGGAGACCUUACCUCAAAAAUGUAGAGCUCAACAUUUGAAGAACGGUUUGGUUAUUUGAAUUUUUAUAAAAUUACGUAGUUUUGUGAUUUUUUACUGAAAUAAUUUAGAAACUCCAAAAUUCACUCUAACAUACCAUAUUUUAUCUACCUGACAUAAUUUGAUACAUGGAGCAAUUGAUACGUAUGAAAAUUCCCAGUGUUUGCUCAAUCUGUUUGAAAAAUUAGAAAAAAAAACACAGACAUAUUCGCGUGUCACAGAAACGGAGAGGGGUCCAGAGGGGUGGCACCUUAACCAAAACUUAGAGCAACUAUUCCCCUUGAAUAAAAUUCCAAGUUUUCCCAAAUCGGCCGUUCCAGUGCUGAGAACGAGCAUUUUCAAAAACAAGUUCCGUCCCGGGUCUUUACGGGUUAAACAAAUUAUUUUCCAAAUGUAAUUAAAAUUACGUCACGAUGGACAAAUGGUUCCCAAGAAUGGUGUUUUGAGUGGACCAAUAUAAAUUUUUCUCCGGUAUUUCCGCGUUAUUCUGAAACGAUAUUGAGAGCGCAUUUUUAAAUAUAUCAGACAACCCUUUCAUUAAACCAUUUCCGGCGAGUGAUGCCAUAUGGCAUCGCCUGAUAUUCAAACUUUGAUUUAAGUUUAACAAUUAUGCUUGAAAAUUUGCACGAUGAAACUAUUCAGUAUGGUUAAAGAACAGAUUGAUCUUUAAUAUGCAAUACAGUUUGUGUCAAUUGUGUAUAUAGUUGAUGAGUAAUAAGAGUUCAAAGUUCAUUUUUAGAAGUAAAAUCUGAUUUCUCUCCGCCGGGAUUGGGUUAAGACCUGAUAAAUUACUUUGUUAUAUUGUUAAUUAAUUCAUUAGAUUUCAGUCAUUUGGAGGAACAUUUGCGUAACGAUGGGGAUGAUGAAUAUGAAUGAAAUGACGCCUAAAAAGAGUUGCAAAAAUAGUAAUGGUUUAAAGCUAUUGCUGCAAAAUAGUUUUUUUCCUGUAGGAGCCUAUGACCACUGCUACCAUUAGUUACAUAUAUUGUGGUAACUGCAAAAUAGUUGCGGUGUGUAUAGAAGAAAAAUAAAUUGCAAGCAUGUUAUCUAAAUUAUUGGAUUAGGUUCUAAGUUAAAAUAUUAUGUGUUUUUACCUUAAUAAUUUGUUUCAUUUUAUUUGUUGCUUAGGUGUUAUAUAUCCCGGCUGAAAAUCACUAGACAUAACGCACUAAACACAAUGUUUUGUUUUCGUACUAUUUAGUAACCAUUUGUACAAAUCCUGAAUUAUUUAUUGUUUUAAACCUAAUACAGUUAAUUUCUUUGAAGUGUUGUUGAAAUAAAAUGAUGUGAAAAAGUAA